CAUUUUCACUACUCCCCACCCAAACAUCAACAUGAAGUUUGCCGAGACCAUCAUCCUCUUCGCUACCUCCCUCUCCUCCGUCACAGCCCAAUGCCGCCUUCCCACAACCUACAAAUGGACUUCGACCGGUGCCCUGGCCCAACCCAAGGUUAACGGCGCGGUCGCCCUCAAAGACUUCACCGCCGUGCCCUACAAUGGACAAUACCUCGUCUACGCCUCCACCGGUAGCGCAUCAGGCACCUACAGCUCCAUGAUGUUCGCUCCCAGCUCCCUUCAAAACCUCGGCUCUGCCGCUCAGACCGCCACUCCCUUCUCCGCCGUAGCUCCGACCCUAUUCUUCUUCGCCCCCAAAAACAUAUGGGUUCUCGCCUACCAGUGGGGCGCCACGGCCUUCCGCUACCGCACCUCGACCAACCCCUCCAACGUCAACGGCUGGUCCGCCGACCAAGCCCUCUUCUCGGGUUCCAUCACGGGAUCCGACACGGGCCCCAUCGACCAGACUCUCAUCGGCGACGCCAGUAACAUGUACCUCUUCUUCGCCGGCGACAACGGCAAGAUCUACCGCUCCAGCAUGCCCAAGGCCAACUUCCCGGGCUCCUUCGGCUCGGCAUCCACGGUCAUCAUGUCCGACACGCGGAACAAUCUCUUCGAGGCCGUGCAGGUCUACACCCUCGGCGGUUCGAACCGCUACCUCAUGAUCGUCGAGGCGAUCGGGUCGCAGGGACGGUUCUUCCGCUCCUUCACGGCGACGAGCUUGAGUGGCAGCUGGACUCCUCAGGCGGCGACGGAGAGCAACUCUUUCGCCGGCAAGGCCAACACGGGUGUGUCGUGGACGAAUGAUAUCAGUCAUGGAGAUGUGAUUCGCAGCACGGCGGAUGAGACGAUGAAGAUUGAUGAUUGCAAAUUGCAGGUGUUGUAUCAGGGACGGAGCCCGACGAGCGGAGGGGAUUACAAUGCGUUGCCAUAUAGGCCUGCGCUUCUUACUCUGCAGCAGUAG